GGUGAUUUAAUGCAAGGAAAAAAAUAAAUACUACAAAAGAAAAUGACAGAAAGAUUAAAAGCAAGUAAAAAAGAGAUAGAUGUUCUAGAAGCACAAGAAAAUCCUCCUCAAGGGGUGGAAGCCUCGUCAGCGCUGAGCCCAUGGUAUCCAUUUUGAUAUAUAUCCUCUUUUGGAUUUGUAUUAUUUAUUGUUUGAUUAUCAAUCAGACUCAAGAGACCCUUCCAAAAGGCCCAUUAACAGCGAAAAACCAAAAACGCUGGGCGCCCACUUCUUGCCAAGUUGGCCCCACCAUUGGACCCACACGCCCGCGAGAUUCCCUCAUUUCUAAUCCCCUGUAUAUAAAAACCAAAACACAUAGUCGCCUGUUUCCCCCAUAAAAGCCCCCAAAUCAUUCUUCUCCCAUCUAAAAUUCAUUCUUCUUGUUUUUCCAGAUUUUCCAAUCACCAAUUGCAAUAUGCUGGGAACUAUAGUUCGCCCAUCCGGAGCGUUUCUGGGAACGAUUCCAGAAGGUUUCAGAUCGGAGGGUAAAAUGCCGUGUGCAGCGGUAAGAAUGCCGGGGAGAUCGACAAUUAAAGCGGCGGUGGCGGAGGCGGAGGCGGAGGCUUUUACACCGCCUUCGGCAAUGGAGACUGGGAGAAAGCCCAUGAAUUUGUACGAGGUGUUGAGAGUAAAGAAGAGUGCGUCUCAAUCGGAAAUCAAAUCGGCUUACAGGUCCCUGGCCAAGAUUUAUCACCCGGACGUAGCCGUGGUGGCAAAGCACCCGGAGGAGUCGUUUGGCGGUUGCGAUUUCAUUGAGAUUCACAAGGCUUAUUCUACGCUGUCUGAUCCGGCGGCGAGGGCGAUUUACGACUUGACGUUGAGUAUUGGCUCCGAACGACGUCGUCCCUUGGCAGGGGUUUAUAACAACAACUCGAGCUCCGGUGGGUUCCGAAGACAUUCCGGGUUUUAUACUAGCCGGAGAUGGGAAACGGAUCAGUGUUGGUGAUCUUUUUCCUCACUUUUUUCUGUUUUUCCUUUUGUUUUUUUGUGGGGACUUUGACAGAAAUGUUGUUAGCUGUACUCGGACCGUCCGGGUUGGUUCCCCAUUUUUCUUUCUUGUAAAUUCUUACCAAUAUCUAAUAUGGUUCUUGUAGAAAUUUCCAUGACAUAAUCCAAAAUACAACCAAUUUUGAGGAGUUGAGUAAAUUCCAGAAUUACACGACAAUAUUUGACUUGAAAUGCUGAAAUUGGAAGUUACAGCUGAUUAUAACUUUAAAACAUAUGUAUGGUUCAUCUCACCCCUGAAAAGUAAAAAAAAGUAAAAACCUUCGGCUUUUGAGGAAACAAUGGAGAAUUUCAGGUAACAAAGUCAAAUGGUCUAUUGCUAACUGCCAAGGUUUGCGUAGCCCAUAUUAGCCUUUUUCCUUUGAUUGUUAUUCUGUCCACUCGAGAAUUUUUUUUAUUUUAUUAUUAUUAUUUUUUUU